AUGCUGCUCGAUAAGGGAGCCGAUCUGACCGUUCCGGAUAAUGAUGGACAGACUCCACUCAUAUCGGCCUCAAAUAACGGACAUCUCGAGGUGGUUAAGAUACUGCUCGAUAAGGGAGCCGAUCUGACCGUUCCGGAUAAUGAUGGAUGGACUCCACUAACCUCGGCCUCAGAUAACGGACAUCUCGAGGUGGUUAAGAUACUGCUCGACAAGGGAGCCGAUCUGACAGUUCCGAAUACCUAUGGAAUAACUCCACUGAACUUGGCCUCAUAUAAUGGACAUGUCGAGGUGGUUAAGAUGCUGCUCGAUAAGGGAGCCGAUCUGACCGUUCCGGAUAAUGAUGGACAGACUCCACUCAUAUCGGCCUCAAAUAACGGACAUCUCGAGGUGGUUAAGAUACUGCUCGAUAAGGGAGCCGAUCUGACCGUUCCGGAUAAUGAUGGACAGACUCCACUCAUAUCGGCCUCAAAUAACGGACAUGUCGAGGUGGUUAAGAUACUGCUCGAUAAGGGAGCCGAUCUGACCGUUCCGGAUAAGGACGGAUGGACUCCACUAUACACGGCCUCAAUUAACGGAC